AUGCAUGUGCAGGGCGCACGCCGUGCGAACAAAGAAAACAUCUGCGACGUGAACCCCUGCAGCUUGGCCGUGCUCUUGGCGCUGGCGGCGGUGCUCACCGCGCCGAAUGCGGCGGAGCUCUUCGGUGGCUUCAGCCUCUCAGGGCUCGCCGGAGGAGUCUCCUUCUUCAAGAACUUCAUCGUUCAAUGCGUCACAGAGGUACUCGAGCCAGUGAUGUGCAACGUUCUGCCGCCCGCCUUGAUCUUGAGCUUCCAGGAUGAGAAGAUGGCGGCGAGCAUGUGUGCCAUGAUGGACCAUUUGAUGGCCAAUCCAAAGUUCCUGGAAGUCCUCAAGAAGUUCAUCAAGACCUCCAUGACCGACGAGCACCUCUUGGGAAGUCUGAAAGCAGUCAUGCAAGAGGCGUUGUCGGAUAGCGACCUCUACAAGUCCGCCAUGCAUGGCUUGGGCACUCGGAGUCGCUCACAGCUUGAACCCCUUGCACAGUGA